AUGGACUGUGCGGUCCAGCGCUUGCGGACUGAAGACUUCGGCAUGUGCCUCCGACAGGUGCGCGAGCCAAAGGAGGCUUGGACAAAGAGCCUCGAUGCUUUUGCGGACCUGCGGCAAUCCGUGCGUGAUUUCGCGAAGGAGAAGGACGCAGCAAAGCGCAAACAGCUUAUUGCGGAUGCUGUGGCAAAGGCUGCGCCCGCCGCUUCGUCCGCCCGAAGCGCCGGCCUCAAGGAGCUGGCCGACGUGCUGGAGUCCUUCCAGAAAGAUCUGACCAGCCUCGCCGGAGGGGCGCCGGCCGAGCUCCUAGGUCGUUGCGACCAGGUGCGGGACGUGGAUCUCGUUCGGCUGGGUGUGCGACUGGAGGACCGAGGAAAUGAGGGCUAC